UUUAAAAACGUCAGUACGACGACGCUAUCCGGUCUUUUUGUACAUCUAGACCAAAUGAACGUGCUCUUGCUUACUUCUUGUAGCUCUUCAGUAACUUAUUAUUUUUUGUAUUUAUAAAUUUAAAUAAUUCCUCAAUCCUCUGUAAUUUUAUUUCAUUUAAACUGAGUACUGAAGAAUGCUGGAUAAUAUUUAAAAUUUAUCUUCUUAAUAAAUAAAUAGUAAAACUUAUUUAUUUAUUUACUUAAAUUUUAUAUAUAAAUUUUUUAAUUUAACCUUUUCUGGUGUCUGCGCACGCGUUUUCAAUACCUAAAAUAAUUUUAGUGUUAAUUAUUUUUAUUUAUUUAGUGUCUUAAGUGUACAGACCAUUCAGUUUUUAAAUUUAAAUUCAAUUUAUCUGAUAAUGACCACAAGAAUGAGAUUCAAUAAUGGAGAUGUCAUUAAAAAUGGGAUUUCGCAUAAAGAAAUAAAUGGUAAAAUUGAUUAUAAACAUCAGAAUGGAUUUAUCAAGAUGCAGAAUGGAGUGGAAAAAAAAAUACAAAAGAGCAAGAGUAUGAAAAAAGAAUCAUUCGAACAGGAGACAUUGUUCACAUCAGCACUAACACAUUUAGGAUUUUACAUACUUAUGUUACUGGGAUUUAUCAAUCAGCUAUUAUUUGCUCCAAAGGUGGCACGAGAACAAAACAGAAAGGGAUAUGCGGCACUGUAUGAAAACUUCGAGACCUUUUAUUUACGUUAUGUGUAUCGACGAGUACGUGAUUGUUGGAAUCGACCUAUUUGCUCAGUGCCUGGUGCUAUGGUCACUCUAAAAGAUCGUAUUACACGUGACUAUUGCUGGACAUUUGAUUUCACUGGUACGGAGACGGAAUGCAUCAACUUGGGGUCUUACAACUACCUUGGAUUUGCUGAAUCGACUGGAAAUUGUGCUGAGCAAAGUAUCGAAACUCUCAAGAAAGAUGGUUGUGCUAGUGGUAGUACGCGUCUUGAAUUAGGAACUAUGCCAAUUCAUAAUGAGUUGGAACAAUUAACCGCACGAUUUCUUAAAGUUGAAGAUGCAAUAGUAUUUGGUAUGGGUUUUGCAACAAAUGCAUUGAAUAUUCCAUCACUGAUAACUCCAGGUUGUUUGAUAUUAAGUGAUGAAAAAAAUCAUGCCUCAUUGAUCCUGGGAUUGAGAUUAUCGGGCGCGGUUACGAGAGUUUUUCAUCACAAUGAUACUAAGCACUUGGAAAUGAGAUUAAAAGAGGCAGUGGCGUAUGGGCAACCAAAAAGUGGUGAGCAAUGGAAAAAAAUAUUUAUCGUCGUCGAGGGUAUUUAUUCAAUGGAAGGUUCGAUAGUUCAUUUACCAGAAAUAGUAGCUUUGAAAAAAAAAUAUAAAGCGUAUUUGUAUCUUGACGAGGCGCACAGUAUUGGUGCUACGGGUAAAAGUGGCCGCGGUAUUUGUGAUUAUUAUGGAGUUGAUCCUAAAGAAGUUGACAUACAUAUGGGAACAUUUACUAAGAGUUUUGGAUCCGCUGGUGGUUAUAUUGCUGGAUCAAAGGCAUUGAUAAAUCAUUUGAGAAUACACAGUCACGCUCAUGCUUAUGCUGCAUCAAUGUCACCACCGAUAGCACAACAAAUAAUUACCUCAAUGAGAACGAUAAUGGGCGAAGAGGGUAAAAAUGAUGGUAAAUUGCGUAUUGAACAGUUGGCUAGAAAUACGCGUUACUUUAGACGUAGACUCAAUCAAAUUGGUGUUAUCAUUUUUGGUCACGAUGAUUCACCAGUGGUACCUAUGCUUGUUUAUUUAUACUCUAAAAUAGGAGUUGUAGUGCGUAAUUUAACGACGCGUAAUAUUGCGACUGUGGGUGUUGGUUUUCCGGCGACACCUCUGAUGGCCGGUAGAAUACGUUUUUGUUUGUCAGCGGCACACACUAAAGAACAACUUGAUUAUGUAUUAAAAAAUAUUGAAGAAAUGGCUGAUCUUAUUGGACUCAGAUACUCAAGGAAACCUAGAAAUCCUAAUCCGAUAGAAUAUUAUACUGACAGUGAGACAGAAUAAAUAUUUUUUUAUCUUUACUCUUACUGACGAUGAUUCAAUAAUUUUUAUUUUUAAUUAGAGAUUAAUUUAUAUGUAUAUAUAUCGCGUUACUAAUUCCAAAAGGACAUUUUUAUACGCCCCCUUAAGGCCAAAAGGGCUUACAACUUUUUUUUAUUGCUAAUCAUAUUAUAGACUUAUUUUGAAACUGAAAAUUGUAAAAAAAAAUUUUAAAGCUAAAUAGGCGCAUAAUUUAAACUAUAGUGUAAAAGUACCGUCUUUGGCCACUUUAGGACCAGUUUUAGACACUUGAAAAAUUUUAAUUAAUUAAUUUGUAAAAGACGCAAAAGUAUAAUUAAUUUUUAAAAUAUGUUUAGAGAAACUUUUGUCCCACUAUUAAAAUGAAAAUUUUAUGUUACGCUUUUUCAUUAAUUAAAAUAAAUUAUCAAAUCUACUCUAUGCCUCUUUGACUGUCAAAAAUUUUUUGCUAUUAAUUAAGUCUACAAAACGAUUGACAAUGAAAAAAGAAACAUACACUCUUUUGGCUUUAGAGAGUUUCCUAAGCCAAAAGGGUGUAUAAAAAAGUCCUUUUAAAAUUUGCGACGCGAUAUAUUUAUAUGUAUAUAAAUUUGUUUAAGAAUAUUGAAUGACCAAUAAAUUGAUCGUGAUUAAAAAAACGUUAUGCACAAUUAAGAGUAUUAACGACUGAGUGUUUGAAUUAUAUUACUAUUGAAUUAAUAAUAUAAAUCAGGGAUGAUAAGCCUUAUUAAUAAACUAAAUAAAUUUUUAAUUAAAAAAUAAUAAUAAAUGAUAAAUAAUAUCGCCUAAAAUAAUUAGUUUGCUCAUUAUUAAAUCAACGAAAGCAUUAACUUGAUAAAUUAGCGGACAUUAGGUGAAUAA